AUGCGGUGGCUCUAUUGGCAUGUGCCUGCAAAGUUGAGCCUGGGAAUUCUGUGUCUCUUUCUGGUUUGGAACAUAGCUUCAUGCAUAAGAAGAGAAAACUUCAUGCAUAAGAGAGAGAAGCAAGCAGCAGUGCUGGCUACUGAAGAGUUGCCUGCAAAGUCCAUGGAUCUGGCUGCUGUUAACCUGACUGAGCUGGUGAAUGGGAUGCUGAGCACAACACUCAGAGGUACCAAAAAGCUCUUCUCUUUGCUGAGUGUCACGUCCCACAGCUCAUUUGCCUUCCACAAAGUGUCAGUCACCAUUUAUAACAUUUCUAGCUUGAAAAAUGUUGACCCUGGCAAGUUCCCUAUGCAUUACUGCUACUGUUUAAACAACGUGACAAAUGACUUAACAGAUUUCACUGCUUUACUUGUUGAUAUUAUUGGAAACUCAACCAGUUAUCUCACAGAAAUUUUCAAAUCUACUUCUAUUCUCUCAGUGCGUCAGAGCAAUGAUUCAGACUGUAUCUACAUUUGUGUGAUGACAGGUCAAACAGGUAGAAAUCUGUCCGACUUUUGGGAAAUACUAGAGAAAUCUCCUGUUAUUAAUUACACAUUUUCCAGUAACACAUCUUCUGACCUGGACCUAGAUUCUGUUUUUUCAAGUUUCAUGAAAUCACAGGAAGACUCAAACAAAACUGUGGAACCAUCAGCGGAACAUCCACGGACAUUUAAAAGUACCAGCACUCCUCUUGCCCUGAAAGGAGAGGACAGUCCCAACACGAGACCCCCACCAUGGACAAAGAUGAUUAGUAUGAAGGCAUUGGGGUUUCCAUCACUGCAUGUAGACACUUCAAGACCACAAGGCACAGCUGGAGUCCCUCCUACUUCUGAGGGGACCUUAGUCACAUCACCAGCCUUGCAGCCCAGCCCUGCUGAUGUGAACAUGCUUUGGGUACAGACUGUGCCUCCUCAAGAUGCCAACAGUCAGAUACAAACAGAGCAAGAUCUGCCUUCUUCAGUUCUGUCUACUCCACUCUACCGACCUGGCCUGAUACUGAAACUUCAUUCGGCUGCUCGGUGCCCACAGGCAAUCCUCAAAGACCCAUACGUGACCUCACCUCCUGUUACCAUCACGCUGCAGAAGAUCAAUCCCUGUUUGAUGGAGCUCUGCAGGUUUUUUCAGUUGUGCCUCUGCGUUGGCCAAAGAAGACAUUCCAUAAAGGCUGCCAUGAGCAUUAAAACAGAAAUGCCUUAA